AUGAAUAUAUGUGAUGUUAUUUUCUACAGUGAUCAAAUCGAUAUACAGGAAUUGCAAUUGAAGUAUCAAAACGUGGUUAUCAAGGAAGAUCAGGGGUUUUUCAAGAUUUCAGCCCCCGGAUUCAUAGAUGACGUCUACUACUCCUUGAUACAAGAUUUUGGCAUUGAUGAAAGUACUAUAGACAUUAUCUACCACAGUAUAUCGCAUCCGGGGAACAUUUACUUCAAAGUGUCGGAAGUGACAGAGGCAAAUCCAGAUCCAGCCAGUCAGUUGGAAGGAGACUCUCCUCCGGAAAUUAAGAAGGAUUUACCCCCUACUGAGAUACCAAAGGAAGUUUAUCACAUAUUGUUCACUCAAUUUGAAAAAUACGGCAUCAUAAUCCAAUCCAAGAUAGUCACUGAUUACGGAUUUGUAAAGUACAAGACUAAAACCUCUGCAGACCAGAUUCUAAUGCACCUGAAAGGGUUUUCUACGAAAGUCAAUGAUAGAGUGUAUAAAGUCUACGUGAACCAUCAUAUUUCGAAAAAGGCUAGACUGUAUACCCGGAGUAACUUCCCUCCGCCAGAGUUACCAAUUCCAGGUCCAGAGUUUCAGGAUUGCAAUCUGUAUGUGAAAAAUCUCCCUCCGUCUACCACUGAUGAGAGGCUAAAACAGAUCUUUAGUCAAUUCGGAAAGAUAAAAAGUUUCAAAGUCAUCACUCAUGAGGAUACUGGGGCAUGUAAAGGAUACGGAUUUGUUUGUUUUGUUAAUCCAUUGGACGCUUCUAAGGCAAUGGUACAACUGAACAAUGCCUUUAUCAGCCCAGAAAACUUUACCAUAGCAGUGAGCUUUGCCAAAAGAAACGAAAAUAAGUACAACUCCAAGGACGGUAAGGUCCAUCAUUACAAUCAGAAUCAUUAUUUUAGCACCGCAUCAGGUUCCUCAAUGCCACCUCUCACAGCACAAACAACACAAACAACAUUGGCACCUGGUGGGUUGAUUGACCCGUCUUUGGUUGGAAUGUACUAUUAUCCAUACUACUGA